CGCCACUAGAGUUCUCCUUUUUCCGACGAUCCGAGGCUGUAUCCUAAACCCUGUUUACCCCAGAAAGCUAGAAGUGUGCAGACGGCCAGGAGCGAGGAGGGAGAGAGGGGGGUUCUUUGAAAAAAAUUCAGACACAAUAAAACUCCGAUGGGGAGAGAAAAUAUGUAGCAGGCGGAGGAAGCAGCCGCGGCCUCGAGCAGGAAUUGCAAACUUUAACCUGCGCGAACUUCUUUUUCUCCGCCUGCAGAAUCUACAACUGCUAGAGACGCCGCCGGACAAGUUCAGCAAGUGAAGGGGACAUGGCACGUUUAACGAAACGGCGACAAGCAGAUACAAAGGCUAUCCAACACCUUUGGUCAGCUAUAGAAAUCAUCAGAAACCAGAAGCAAAUUGCUAACAUUGAUCGUAUUACAAAAUAUAUGUCUCGGGUUCACGGUAUGCAUCCCAAGGAGACCACACGUCAGCUUAGUUUAGCGGUGAAGGAUGGCCUUGUGGUCGAAACCUUGACAGUGGGAUGCAAAGGUUCAAAAGCUGGCAUUGAGCAAGAGGGAUACUGGCUGCCCGGGGAUGAGAUUGACUGGGAGACAGAAACUCAUGACUGGUAUUGUUUUGAAUGCCAUUUGCCUGGAGAGGUGUUGAUAUGUGACCUGUGUUUUCGGGUGUAUCAUUCCAAGUGUUUAUCUGAUGAGUUCAGGCUUAGAGACAGCAGUAGUCACUGGCAAUGCCCAGUUUGCAGGAGCAUUAAGAAAAAGAACACCAGUAAGCAAGAGAUGAGCACCUAUUUGCGCUUCAUUGUCUCCCGGAUGAAGGAACGGGCUAUUGAUCUAAACAAAAAAGGCAAAGACAACAAGCACCCAAUGUACCGUCGAUUGGUACACACAGCCGUUGAUGUUCCAACCAUACAAGAGAAAGUAAAUGAAGGAAAAUACAGAAGUUAUGAGGAAUUUAAAGCAGAUGCUCAACUUCUUCUACACAACACCGUGAUUUUUUAUGGAGUGGACAGUGAACAAGCUGAUAUAGCCAGGAUGCUUUACAAAGAUACCUGCCAUGAGUUGGAUGAACUUCAGCUUUGCAAGAACUGUUUCUAUCUAUCAAAUGCGCGUCCUGACAAUUGGUUCUGCUAUCCUUGUAUACCAAAUCAUGAACUGGUGUGGGCCAAAAUGAAAGGCUUUGGAUUCUGGCCUGCAAAAGUCAUGCAGAAAGAAGACAAUCAAGUUGAUGUUCGCUUUUUUGGCCAUCACCACCAAAGGCCAAUCAACCACACUGGAUUGCCUUUGCAAGAUGAAAUUGGAGGUGGAGAUGUUGUGGAGCUUCAACUGGAGGAAAAAGAUCUAACAAAUAAACAACAGUGCGCUUCUCUUUCUAGGGCCUGGAUUCCUUCAGAAAAUAUUCAGGAUAUCACCGUUAAUAUACACCGGCUACACGUAAAACGUAGCAUGGGCUGGAAAAAAGCAUGCGAUGAGUUAGAGCUGCAUCAGCGUUUCCUUCGGGAUGGCAGAUUUUGGAAAUCCAAAAAUGAGGAUAAAGGAGAGGAAGAGGCAGAAUCAAGCAUUUCUUCCACCAGUAACGAGCAACUAAAAGUUACUCAGGAGCCAAGAGCAAAGAAAGGAAGACGCAAUCAAAGUGUGGAACCUAAAAAGGAAGUAAGGAACAGCAUGGCAAUUAAAUACAUGCACUUGUGGGAGCCGGAGCCUGAAACAGAAGCAGUCAGUUCAAGUCAGGAAAUUCCCACAAUGCCUCAACCCAUUGAAAAAAUUUCAGUCUCGACCCAGACUAAGAAAUUAAGUGCCUCUUCUCCUAAAAUGCUGCACCGGAGCACCCAGACAAAUAACGAUGGUGUGUGUCAAAACAUGUGCCACGAGAAAUACACCAAAAUCUUCAGCGACUUCAAGGAUAGAAUCAAGUCUGAUCACAAGAGAGAAACUGAGAGAGUUGUGCGAGAAGCUAUUGAGAAGCUGCGUUCAGAGAUGGAGGAGGAGAAAAGGCAGGCUGUGAACAAAGCCAUUGCAAAUAUGCAGACUGAGUGUGACCGAAAGACAAAGCAGGUAAAGGAGAAAUGCAAGGAGGAAUUUGUAGAAGAAGUUAAGAAGUUAGCCAGCCAGCACAAACAGCUGAUCUCUCAGACCAAGAAGAAACAGUGGUGCUACAACUGUGAAGAAGAAGCUAUGUAUCAUUGCUGUUGGAACACUUCCUAUUGCUCCAUCAAGUGUCAGCAGGAACAUUGGCAUGCUGAGCACAAACGUACCUGUCGUCGGAAAAGAUGAAAGCUUCCUCACCUCACCUGUUGCCCUGAUUCAGUGCUUUUCUCUUAACACAGCAGGUGCUGGGGUAUCGUCUCUAGUUUUUCAUGUUGGUUUCCAAGAGGUCAGAAUUAAUGUGAAUUCACUCCCCAUUAUGAUUAAUUCUUCUUCUUAUUAUUAUUAUUAUUAUUGCACCAGCCUUGAAAACACUUUUUCGUAAAAAAAAAAUUUUUUUUUGCACAGUUAAAUUUCAGUCAAAUGUUUUGACUCUCUGCUUCCAACGGUCAUCACCUUGUGGCCCUCUUCCCCCUUUCUUUUUGCUGAAAAGGUAAUUUGAACCUCAGUUGGAGCACAUUACUUUUUGAUAAAUUUUAACUGAGGGAGUUUGUUGCAUUUUCAGCAAAUUAUUUUUAAAAAAAGGAUUCAACAAAACAAGGAAAGGUGAUAGGAACAUUUUCAAGAGACCUGAAUGUAAUAAUAAAAUAGAAAAAAAAACACCUUACUACCUGGAUAUAAGAGACGUUAAUAAUUCCAAAUGGUUUUCUUUAGCUUAAUUUACUGCUUGAACGCAUUAUCUAUUGGCUUAGGUAUACAUUUGAAUUUUGGGAUCAGGGUUGACACAGCAGAUGCUAGUCCUGCCACUUUUUAAUGUUCUUUUUCCUAAUUGUGUUUGUUCUAUUAUUAUUUUUCUUCAUCAUUUAGCUUUUAUAAUGAAAAUAUUAGCUUUGAUCUUAUUGUUUCAAAAAUCACCAGGGACUUGGGUGGGGUAGUAGGCUGAGCCAGAUUUUAGCGGGAGGGGGGGAAGUAAUAUUUAAAUUUUAAAUUUUUGCACAUUUCAUCCUUCUAAUACGAAUACUUGUAAAAAGAAAGCCAAAAACUGAAAGAAAGGAAAAAAAAACACCCCCACAAGAACAGAUCAAUUUUACAUUUCGUCGUAUAUGGAGUUCAAAGGUUGAGGCAUGGAAAGAAAAGGCUUAAUAUUUGCCCUGCCCUUUUUAACCCCUUCCAGCCCUUUGUCCCCCAUUUUUAUCUUUCGAAACACUAGUUGAUUAUUAAUCUGAUUUAUGCACUCAAAUAAGAAAUUAAGUCCGAGGGAUGGGGAAGCACUUAAGUUUCACAAAAGCAGUUAUGUCUGUAAUAUUUGGUUAUUGCCAUUUUUAUGCUAGAAUGAAGAAUAAUGCAUGUUAAUUUUCCUGUAUUAAAGAUGCUGUGAUUUGUAAAAA